GCGCUUUGCUAGUUGGCUUAGUACGUCUUGUAGUUUCUCUGUGAAUGGUCAUCAACUAGCAGGUCUGAGGAUUCCUUCAAGACGAGACGCGGUGGUGUUAAAAUAACGACAAUGAAGAGAAACACGUGCUUGUUGGCGAUUACCGCCAUCCUGGCUACAGGCUUGGCGCAGAAAGCCACCCGAGACCAAGAAGACCCCUGCAAGGUGAAGAAUCGGGUGAUAGCUGACGUGACGUAUUGCGACCGCUACUGGGAGUGCGUCAGUGGACAACCCGAACUUUAUGACUGCCCCAAUGGUCUCGUGUACGCGGGCAAACACCGCGGGGUCACCGAGGGCUGCGACUACCCCUGGAGAUCCAACUACUGCGAGGGGAAGCAGCUGGCCAACGCGCCGAUUUCAACAGAACAUUGUGAUUGGCUGUACGGCAUCUUCGGUCACGAGACCUCGUGUACGAGAUAUUGGACUUGCUGGAACGGAACAGCUACCGAACAGCUGUGCAUCGGAGGACUGCUGUAUAACGAGAAUACACAUUCAUGUGAUUGGCCCGAUAACGUGGAGGGAUGCCAAAAGCACCCCCUGUGUAACGAAGACGCCAAUGGUAACGUGCCCUUGGGAAAAUCGUGCAAUCGAUACUGGCAGUGUCAAGGCGGAUAUCCCCGGCUUCAGCGCUGCCCCGCCAUGUUGGUUUUCGACCGCAGAUCGCUGAGGUGUGUCGUGCCUCCUACAGAGGACUGCGAGGUUCCGACGACACAACCACCUCUGUUAGAUGAGCUGGAACAGGAAGGAGAGCAGAACAUACCAAAUCCACCUCACAGAUCUAACCGUCCUCAGCAGCAGGACCCCGUGAACCUGCCUCCAGGAGCUGUUCCUCUUCCCCUGAGAAACAGGCCACGAAAUUAAUACGACUCUGACAUUAACAUUACUUUCCUGUGGUUCUAUCGCCAGUGUUUGUUGUGAAGUCUCGUUGCGUGGGUGUGCAUCGUCAACAAAGAUUGUAAAGGACGAGUCGAAGAUGAAUAGAGAAAGUUAGGCUACUAGGUUCAGAUAGCAAAUAGAGCUCAAAAUAUCUGUCAUUAUAAACAUGGAUCAGAUUGUGUCCUCAUUAUAAUUUUUCGUACGUAUUUGUGACUGUCAAAUGUUUAAAGUUUAACCUUACAAUGAGGUUGUUGAAAAUAUAUCGCACUUAAAGAUGA